GGCGCCACACGGGAGGGGCGGUGUGCGCCGGCGUGACGCAGCCGCGCGGGAUGGGCAGGGCCGAGGCCGAGGCGGCUACGGCGAGAGCGAGAGGCGGCGGGCAACGAGGGCCUAAAAGCGCGACCACCAUGAGCACCAAGCAGGUCACUUGCAGGUAUUUCAUGCACGGUGUGUGUCGGGAAGGAGACCAGUGCCUGUUCUCACAUGACCUGGCAAACAGCAGGCCGUCCGUCAUCUGCAAAUACUAUCAGAAGGGCUGCUGCGCCUACGGGACUCGCUGCAGAUAUGACCACACGAGGCCAUCUGCCGCGGCCGGCGCUGCUGUGGGUGCCAUGCCCCAGGCGGUACCCUCCCCGGCUUUCCACAGUCUUCACCCUACAUCCGACCUCACUGUGUCCAUUGUGAAAACUAACUUACUUGAGCCUGGGAAACGUGAGAAGAGAACAUUGGUACUUAGAGAUCGAAAUCUCUCUGGCAUGGCUGAAGAAAAGACCUUCCCAGCUGUGGUGAGGAGUCCAGGAGGCAGCAGUGACCCCCAGAACAACCUGGAGAUGAAGCCCCACUCCUAUCUUGACGCCAUCAGGAGCGGCCUCGAGGACGUGGAAGCCGGCGGCUCCUACAGCAGCGAGCAGCAGCUGUGCCCCUAUGCGGCUGCCGGCGAGUGUCGAUUUGGGGAUGCGUGUGUCUACCUGCACGGGGAGAUGUGUGACAUCUGUAGGCUACAAGUCCUGCACCCCUUCGACCCCGAGCAAAGGAAAGCUCAUGAGAAGAUCUGCAUGGCAACGUUUGAACAUGAGAUGGAAAAGGCCUUUGCCUUCCAGGCAAGUCAGGACAAAGUGUGCAGUAUCUGCAUGGAAGUGAUCCUCGAGAAGGCGUCUGCUUCCGAGAGGAGGUUUGGGAUUCUCUCCAACUGCACGCACACGUACUGCCUGUCCUGCAUCCGGCAGUGGAGGUGUGCCAAGCAGUUUGAGAACCCAAUCAUUAAGUCUUGUCCAGAAUGCCGUGUGAUAUCAGAGUUUGUAAUUCCAAGUGUGUACUGGGUUGAAGAUCAGAAUAAAAAGAACGAGCUGAUUGAAGCUUUCAAACAGGGAGUCGGGAAAAAAGCUUGUAAAUACUUUGAGCAAGGCAGGGGGACCUGCCCUUUUGGAAGCAAGUGUCUUUACCGCCACGCUUACCCUGACGGGCGGCUGGCAGAGCCCGAGAAGCCUCGCAAGCAGCUCAGUGCCGAGGGCACCGUGAGGUUCUUUAAUUCAGUGCGGCUCUGGGAUUUCAUCGAGAAUCGAGAAAGCCAGCAUGUCCCCAACACUGAAGGUGCUGACAUGACAGAGCUUGGGGACCUCUUCAUGCACCUGUCUGGAGUGGAGCCACCAGCGCCCUAGGAGUGGGUGGCCUUCCACAGGCCCAGGUUGCAGAGCUUCCUGUACUGUGUCCUCCGGCCUGGCCCUUGGAUUUGGGUGAGGUUGUACUUAACCUUGGUCUCACCCACUCCCCAUUAUUACAGCCACAGGAGGAGUGACGGAUAUAAAAUAACCUGAUGAGUGUAUGGGAUUGCUGCUGUACAGUCCAUCUCUAGGUUAACCACCAGCACCUCACCUUUUGAGCUCCCUAGAAAGUCAGCCUGCAGCUGCCUCUAUGGCAGCAGAUUCAUUUUUCCUACCAAAGGAUUAUUUAUAGUGAGUUUUCCCUGGUAUCCUUGUAGCAUGUGGGCAGAAACUUGAUUUAUAUAGGCUUUUAAACACUACUCGGUGCGUGUCUGCGUUCGGAGCAGGGCCCUGGUGCCGUGUUCAGUGUAACCUGUGUAAGGGGGGGACUCAGAGUAACGGGCUGUGUGGCCCCUGCUCCCACCAUUCUCCGUAAAGCCUGGCUUUGGUUUGAAAUUUCAUAAAUAUGUAACAGCACCCAGGACAGUCUGGUUCUUAGCUGGCAGUGGUCCUGAGAGAACUGAGCACCAGUCUGUUGUCAUCAGUUGUGAUUUUAAUUGAAGGAGCAUAACCUUGUGACUCAAAACUCCAAUCCUAUUUUUAUAAACAGCUGUAGAUACCAAAUAUUUUGUAAAGUGCAUUAAAGUGUGGGUAGAAAAAAGGCCUAC